CCCCUCCCCUCCUCGCUGGUUCCCGCAGCGAGCAGCUGAAGCCGCGGAGCUAAAGCCGAGGUGGCUCUGGGCUGCGGCUUGUCCGCUCUCCAUGGCCCUCGGCACUCGCUGAGCGACGGCGUUGGAAACGCGUUUCAUUCCCAGCUCUGGAAAUGAGGCGCCUCAGCCGCUGCUGGUGGAUUUUAGCCAAUCUCGUGGGCUACUGUUGCCUCUCCUGGUGCCAACAGAAACAGGGUUACCUGGUAACUGCUCCCUCAGUCCUCAGGGCAGGGGUCGAUGCCAUCAUCAGUUUUACAAUAUUCAAGCCUUUAUCAGAAACCAAUGUCCAUGUCCAACUGGUGGUGAAAGGAGAAACUGUGGCUCAUAGUCAGGGCUCCGUCUAUGAAAAGGGGACGGUCACAUUAAAGGUACCGCAAGGUUUCAGUGGACAGGCUCAGCUAAAGGUGUGGGGCAACCGGCAUCUCACCGACAAUGGAUACAUCUUCCACAACUUCACAACCGUCACCAUCGACUCCAAGGGAUCUUCAGUGUUCAUCCAGACGGACAAGCCCGUCUAUAAACCAAAGCAGAAAGUGCUGAUUAAUGUGUUCACCGUCACCCCCGACCUGCGACCCACCAAUCAGAAGGUCGAGGCCUACAUCGUGGACCCCCGAGGGUCACGGAUGAUCCAGUGGAACGAGUUGAAGCCGGUGUGUUGCGGCAUUGUAAAUAUGAGCUUCCCUCUAUCGGACCAACCUGUGAUUGGAGAAUGGUUAAUCUUUGUGGAGCUUCAAGGGUACACGUACAACAAAACGUUUGAGGUGCAGAAAUACGUGUUACCAAAGUUCGAGCUCACUAUCGAUCCUCCCAGGUACAUCCAGGAUCUGAGCAAGUGUGAGGAGGGAACUGUCCAUGCCAGGUACACGUUUGGUAAACCAGUGUCGGGGAGGCUGACGGUGAACAUGACGGUGAACGGAGUGGGUUACUACCGGCACGAGCUGGGCCACCCUGUGGUGAAGACCAUGGAGCUUGAAGGCACAGCCUCCUUUCCCAUCUGUGUCAAGGAGAUGAUGCCGGUGGACGUCGCCGAACAUUUCCGCGGCUCGCUCAACAUCUGGGCCUCGGUGUUGAGCGGUGACGGCAGCACGCAGAUCACCUUCGACGAUUCCACCCCCGUCCACAAGCAGCUGAUCGACAUCAAGUACUCCAAGGACACUCGCAAGCAGUUCAAGCCCGGCCUGCCCUACAAAGGAAAGGUGGAGGUGACCUAUCCCGAUGGGAGCCCGGCAAAUGGCAUCACGGUGCGGAUCAAAGCCGAGCUCACCCCGAAGGACAACGUCUACACGAGUGAGCUGGUGUCGGAGGACAGCAAGGUGCAGUUUGAGAUUCCCUCCAUCCCAACUGCCGCACAGUACGUCUGGCUGGAGACUAAGGUGACGGCCAUCAAUGGAACCCCGGCGGGCGACCAGUAUCUCCCCAGCUACCUCUCCAUCAGCAGCUGGUAUUCACCGAGCAAGUGCCAUAUUCAGCUGCAGGGGCCUGAGCGACCACUCCAGGUGGGGGAAGAGGCUUGGAUCCCAGUGAAAUCCACCUGCCCCUGUGACUUUGCCUUGCACUACGAGAUAGCCUCGCGGGGCAACAUUGUGAGGACAGGCAUGCAGCCGGCCAGCGCCACCCAGCAGCGCAGCAGGAGGGCCACCGUCAUCUUCGACAAGAAGAAACAAUCGUCACAGAGCCCACUGAACCAGCGGCCCGCGUCUCCAGCCAGCGAGGUUGGCGUGUGCACCACCUACAUCCACUUCACGGUCACGCACAACAUGAGCCCCGUCAGCCGCCUGCUCCUGUACUACGUGCGAGACAAUGGCGAGGGCAUCACCGACAGCAUCCAAGUUCCAGUCCAGCCGUCCUACGAGAACAAGAUCUCGAUCUCACUCUCCUCCAACAAGACGAAGCCUGGCGACCUCAUCAGCGUGGCAGUGAAGGGUGAGCCACGGGCGUGUGUUUGCGUGGCAACCGUGGACAAGAGCGUGUAUCUGCUCAAACCUGGCUUCCAGCUCACCACGGACAAGAUCUUCCAGGAACUGGCCGACUACGACGUUUCCGACGCCUUUGGAAUCCCGAAGGAGGAUGGUCACUUCUGGUGGCCGGGGCUGUCGUCACGGAGACGGAGAUCGUCCAUGUUCCCGUGGCACUGGGACAUCACCAAGGACGCCCACUUUGCCUUCAGUGAAACGGGCCUGGUGGUCAUGACGGACGUAGUGAGCCUGAAUCACAGACAGAAUGGCGGGAUGUACACUGACGAGGCCGUGCCUGGCUUCCAGCCCCACACCGGGACCCUCGUCGCAGCUCUCCAGCCAAGGAUCACUCCCAGAGCUGAGAAGAAGAAAAGGACUUUCUUUCCAGAAACCUGGAUCUGGCAUUGUCUCAACAUCAGCGAUUCCACGGGCGAGGCCCGACUGCACGUGGAGAUUCCGGACUCCAUCACCACUUGGGUAACGGAGGCAGUCGGACUGUCCCAGGAGACGGGCCUGGGACUCGCCCGGCCCACCGAGCUCCGCACCUUCAAGGCCUUCUUUGUGGAUUUCACCCUGCCCAGCUUUGUGAUCCGCGGGGAGCAAACCAAGAUCCCUCUCAUGGUCUACAACUACCUCCAGAGCUGCGCAGAGGUUCAUGUUAAAAUUACAGUUCCGAAAGGAAUCAAGUUUAUUGGCCACCCGGGGAAGAGGCAUCUGACGCGUAAGAUGUGCAUCGACUCGGAUGAAGCCAAACCCACCUCCAUUGUCCUCCUGUUCAGUGAAUUGGGCCCUGCCAACAUCACAGCCAAAGGGUUUGCCUACAGUGGGAGCAGCUGCUGCCAGGGUGGGCUCCAGGCUCUGAAGAAUGGCAGGUACCUGGACGAAAGCUACCUGGACAGGAGAAGCCCGGCAGGCAUGGACUACGUGAAGAGACGAGUGUUGGUAGAGCCUGAGGGAUUGCCCAGAGACUACACUUACAGCAUCUUCUUCUGUCCCAACGAAAAGAUUCACAUCUCCACACCCAACAAGUACGAGUAUCAGUACAUUCAGAAACCGGCCUGGAUGACACAGUUUGACGUGACGGUCAAGGCACACAACGACGCCCACUUGGCCUUAUCAACGGGCCCUCGCGACACGGCCGAAAUGGUGGAGAUAGUGAUCGGAGGGCAGCAGAACACGAGGACGUGGAUCGCAGUGAGCAAGAUGGGUGAGCCGGUGGGCAGUGCCCACACGCCGCACAUCCUGUCCUGGGACGAGUUCCGAAGCUUCUGGAUUCGCUGGAAGGCUGGCUUGGUCCAGGUGGGGCAUGGCGUGGCACCAUCUAACGAGUCGCUUAUUGUGGAGUGGGCAGUGGCCAAGGUUCCGGACAUCAAGUACAUCGGCUUCUCGACCGGCUGGGGCUCGGUCGGCGAGUUCAAGAUCUGGAGGAAAGAGGAAUCGGAGGAGAACCACAACGAGGCCUUCACUCUUGGCGUCCCUCACAACGUGGUUCCUGGGUCGGAGCGAGCCAUGGCCUCCAUGAUAGGGGAUGUGAUGGGCCCCACCCUCAAUAAUCUGGACAACCUCCUACGCCUGCCAUUUGGCUGUGGAGAACAGAACAUGAUCCAUUUUGCCCCGAAUGUCUUUGUGUUGAGAUACCUACAGAAGACUAAGCAGCUGUUCACUGAGGUGGAGAGCGAGGCCACAGACUACCUCCUGCAAGGAUAUCAACGUCAACUAACGUACAAGAGGGAGGAUGGAUCAUACAGCGCAUUCGGUGAGAGGGAUUCUUCUGGGAGUAUGUGGCUGACGGCAUUUGUACUGAAAUCCUUUGCCCAGUCCCGUGGGUUUAUCUACAUUGACCCGAAGGAGCUGGACACUGCCAAGGAAUGGAUUAUACAGCAUCAGCAGGACGAUGGCUCCUUUCCUGCAGUCGGGCGCAUUCUGAACAAGGACAUCCAGGGUGGAAUCCAUGGGAAGAUCUCGCUGACUGCCUACGUUGUGGCCGCACUACUGGAGACGGGCAUCACCUCUGAGGAGGAGAAAGCUGCGGUUGGCAAAGCGAAACAUUUCCUGGAGGGCAACAUGUACUCUGCAGAUGACCCUUACACCACGGCCCUGUCUGCCUACGCACUGACCCUACUGCGGAGCAAGCACGCCUCGGCUGCACUGAGGAGGCUCAACAACAUGGCCAUCAUGCAAGAUGGCUUCACGCACUGGAGUCUGAUGGGCACCACAGUCACGGACGAGGACACGUUCAUGGGUUUCACUGACGGCCUCUCCCAGUCAGUUGUGUCGGCAGAGGUGGAGAUGACGGCCUACGCUCUCCUCACCUACACCUCGCUGGGGGACGUGGUGUCGGCCCUGCCUGUGGUGAAGUGGCUGUCGCAGCAACGCAACGCGCUGGGAGGAUUCUCGUCCACACAGGACACCUGCGUAGCUCUACAGGCACUGUCGGAAUAUGCCAUCCUCUCCUACGUUGGGGGGGUCAACCUCACCAUCUCCCUCGCCUCAACCAACCUGGACUUCCAAGAAUCCUUUGAGCUCAACAGGGACAACAAGAAGAUCCUGCAGAGAGCGACGAUCCCAAGCGUUCCAACUGGUCUGUUUGUGAGUGCCAAGGGAGAAGGCUGCUGUUUGAUGCAGAUUGACGUCAGCUACAACGUUCCGGAUCCGGUGGCCAAACCAGCGUUCCAGCUGUCGGUGAACCUGAAGGAACCGAACCUCCAGCGGCACCAACACCAGCAUCUGGCCCGGCCCCCGGCCCGGAGCGACAACCGGUCGAAGAGGUCACGGCAGGACCGGGCGCUGCACCAUGACGACGACCCCGCCUCAGACCAGGAUCACCAGGAGUACAAGCUCACCGUGGAGGCCUGUGCCAGGUGGCUUCAUUCUGGCUCCUCGAACAUGGCCGUCCUGGAGGUCCCUCUCCUGUCGGGUUUCCGAGCUGACGUGGAAAGUCUAGAACAGCUGCUUCUGGGCAAACAGAUUGAACUCAAACGCUAUGAAAUUGAAGGAAGAAAAAUUCUGUUUUAUUUUGAUGAGAUCCCCAGCCAGUGUAUGACGUGUGUCACAUUCUCCGCUUACCGGGAGUACAUCAUCGGGAAAACGGCCCCAGUCCCAGUCAAGGUGUAUGACUACUAUGAGCCAGCCUUUGAAGCCACGAGGUUUUACAACGUCAGUGAGGCCAGCCCCUUGGCCCGUGAGCUGUGUGACGGAACUACCUGCAAUGAGGUGGAAAGCUCUGCCAGUCAGUGGACCGGGUUUGUGCAGCCCUCCUCCACCUGCAAGAACGUGUACGACUGUCUGGAGGAAGAGCGCUACGAGCUGUGCGCCUGCUACCGCGACUGCGGCUUCGACGGCACGCCCGUGUGCGGCUCGGACGGGGUCCUGUACCAGAACCAGUGCCAGAUGGAGGUGGCGGCCUGUCGCAACAACACUCGCAUCGACCAGGUCCACACGUCACAGUGUCCUACAGGAGCAGCCGCUGAAGAGAUAGAGCCAGUGACGUCACCGGUGGGGCCAGGCCAGAUGGAACACAACCAGUCAGACGACGUCACAGCGGCCCAAGCAGAGCUCUCCUACUACUCCUACGGAACGAGCUACGAGUACGACCCAGAGAUGUUUGAGACCGCGGUAGACGACACAUUCGAGAUGAACGACGAUCAGAUGGAGAGAACGAGCCGGGGAGCGGAGGGAGAACAGACGAGGGCGCCAGUGGAAGAGUGAAUGAAUAUGGAUCCCAGCCACGGGAGGAGGACGAGUGAGAGAGCAUGAACAUGUGUGUGUUUCUACGUUCCAAAGACCAAGCACUGCUGCUGUCGACAGCACAAUAUAUCCACAUCCAACUAUUACAUAGACUAGAUAUAUCUACCCUUUAGUAUUGUCUUAUAACCACCACGGCACGUUAGUGGAACCUGGUAUAUAUAUUUUGUAAUUAUGUGUUCCGAUCUUCACUUCUGUGAUAUUUAUAUUUGUGUUUUUAGUUGAAUCUUCUUCUGUGGCGAGUUCUCCCUUAUAGAGCUCGGUCAGUCAAAUUCCCAACUCUCCUUAUUUAAGUUUUUUUUAAUUAUUUACGAUUUCUCUCUCUCUCCCUCCUCGGGCAGAGGAGGUUUGAGGCCUUCAGUGGAGAGGGGAAGGGGGAAGGGGCUAGAAUGAGUUCUCCCUUCCCUUUCUCUCCAGUCUCACCUCCUCACUUCUUCCCAACAACCUUCAACCCCCCCGACCCUCGGAAAAGGGACUGAAGAAGGGUCUCGACCCGAAACGUCACCCCCUUCCUUCUCUCCAAGAGAUGCUUCCUGACCCGCUGAGUUACUCCAGCUUGUUUGGGUCUGCCCACUCCUGUAUCCCAUGGAAUCAUUCAGAGGUCAUGUCCAGGUAUGAAGAGGUCAGACUGUUGACCAACCCACCACCCCCUUCCCCUCAUUUACAGUCCCCAGAGCCUACCCCACCCCCUCAUCUUCACUCCCUAAUAGGUUAUAGGAGCAGCAUCAGGCCAUUCGGCCCAUCUACUCCGCCAUUCAAUCACGGAUGAUCCAUCUUUCCCUCCCGACCCCGUCCUCCUGCCCUCUCUCCCAGUUGCCCCCCGACCCCCGUGCGAAUCACGACUGGAGGCUCCAUCCCAUCUCACUGUUUGGGUUACUGGGCGCUACCUCAGAAUGGGGCGGUGGUGGGGGAGGGGAACGCACGGCGGUGCCGCGGGCUGAGUCGUGCGUGUGAGGGCCGAGGGGUUUGAUGGCAGCGGAGGGGGCGCGGCGAGGCGUGGCGA